AUGCCCUGGGGCAGCUGGCAGAAGCGUGGUUACCAGUCUAUGCCUAUGUCCGCUCUGAUCCAGGCCUAUCUGGCGGUGGUGCUGCUGCUGCUGUCUGUGGUUCCUGGAGGGUUUCUGGGCGACGCCGGGUGCAGCGGGGGGAUCCUGGACGGGCCGCGCUUGACCCGGGGGGACUCUCAUGUACACAGGCGCCUGAAGAGGGGUUGGAUCUGGAAGCAGCUGUUUGUCCCAGAGGAAGACCCCACGCCGAGAGUCAUUGGCCAGCUCAAAUCAGACUACGACAAGGGCGACUCCACCAUCAAGUACAUCCUGUCAGGAGAGGGCGCCGGUGAGGUGUUUGCCAUAGACGAGUACACGGGGGAGAUCAGGACUCUGAAGAAACUGGACCGGGAGGAGAAGGCCUUCUACGUUCUCCAGGCUGAGGCCCUCAACCGCCUGUCAGAAGAACCCGUGGAGCCUCAGUCUGAGUUCAUCAUCAAGGUCCAGGACAUCAACGACAACGUGCCCCAGUUCCAGAACGAGCCCUACGUGUCCAGUAUCCCCGAGAUGAGCCCCGUGGGGACCACAGUUGCGCAGGUGACCGCCACAGACGCCGACGACCACAUGUUCGGAAACAACGCCAAGCUCAUCUACUCCAUCCUGCAGGGGGAGCCGUACUUCUCCGUGGAGCCCAAGACGGGUAUAAUCAUGACGUCGUGGCCCAACAUGGACCGCGAGGCUCGAGAGCAGUACCUAGUGGUGGUGCAGGUGAAGGACAUGCUGGGGCUGAGCGGAGGAUUCUCUGCCACCACCACAGUCACUGUCACACUGAGCGACGUCAACGACAACGGGCCCAUCUUCCAGCACCACCUGUACACGUUCGCCGUACCGGAGAACGCGGAGGUUGGCACGACCGUGGGCAGGAUUUUGGCAGUGGACGGAGACACGGGCAUCAACGCCAAAAUGACUUACAGCCUGGAGGACGACCUGGAGGAGAGCGCCACUUUCAUCAUCCACACAGACCUGGACACGCAGGAGGGGGUGCUGGUGCUGGCCAAGCCAUUGGACUAUGAAACCAAACGGCGUUACGUGAUGGCGGCCGAAGCUUUGAACGACCACCCGGACCUGCGCUUCCUGCCCCUGCACGAGUUCUCGGACAGGACCACUCUGAAGGUGGUGGUGGAGGAUGUGGAUGAACCCCCAGAGUUCCUCCAGCUGCCGUACGAGUGGAAGAUCCCAGAGAACGCCGCACGGGGGACUGUGGUCGGGAGUGUCAGCGCAAGGGACACGGAUAUCGUAGACAGCCCCAUCAGAUACGCCAUCGACAAAAGGAGUGACAGCGCGAAGGCGUUCAGAAUAGACCCUCACAAUGGAACCGUGACUCUGGAGAAGGCCUUAGACCGGGAGAGCGCAGACUGGCACAACGUCACCAUCAUUGCCACAGAAACAUUGCAGCUUCAUCUGUCCUCCUCCGCCGUGGUCUUCAUCAGAGUGCUGGAUGUAAACGACAACGCGCCGCGACUGGCUCACGACUACCAGCCCUUCAUCUGCGAGGGCACCCAGGCCGGAGAGCUCAUUCAGCUGCUCAGUGCUGUGGAUCCAGAUGAACCUGCAGAAGGACACCACUUCUACUUCUCUAUGGUCCCCGACAAAUUCAUCAACCCCAACUUCACCAUCCGAGACAACCAAGAUAACACAGCAGGUAUCGUGGCGCGGCGGAGCACGUUCACCCGUAAGGACCGGACUCACUACCUCCUCCCGGUGGUGGUGUCGGACAGUGGCAGCCCGGCGCUCUCCAGCAAGCUGACCAUCAGCGUGUGCAGCUGUCAGCCCGCCGGUCACUGUCCCAGCAGCGGGGUGGAGGCCCUGGCUCUGUCCAUGGGAGUCAGUCUGCAGACACUACUGGGGCUCCUGGUCAGUCUGGUCACUCUAACAGUGCUGUCAGUGCUGCUGCUGAUCCUGAGGAGGCAUCGUCGAAAACAGCAAGACGCCACGGAGGUGAAAGAGCUAGACCUGCCCGAAACCGUGUCCCAGAAGGUGCUGUACUACGGGGACGCCAACAGGGGGACCCGGGUGGACUUCUGUCAGCCGAUCGUCCCGUUACGCCAACACCCGAAAAGAAGAGAUAGGAAGCUGAGGAGAGAGGAAGUACGCGCUAGUAUUCGCAUGUCGCUAAGGCAUUCGCACCUGAUCGGACCGGAGGACGAAGUGUUCAGGCAGUUCAUUCUGGAUCGGUUGGAGGAGGCGGACCAGGACCCCCACGUGCCUCCAUACGAUCGCGUCAGAAUAUAUGCCUACGAGGGGGAGGGGUCGCCUACGGGGUCUCUGAGUUCAUUAGACUCGUUUGAGAUGAUGCCAGAGGAGCCGGAGCAGACGAAACCCAACCCAAAACCCAGCCUGGUCCGACUGACGCCAUGGUACGGAGGAGCGGAGGAGGACACCAUCUUCUGA